AUGACGCGAAAAAACGUUCUUCUGCUCGUCGCGGACGACUUGGGGAAACAACUCGGCUGCUACGGCUGUCCCUACAUCCAAACACCAAACAUUGACAAGCUCGCCGCCGAGGGUACCAGAUUCGAAAAUGCUUUUGCAAGUACCGCAUCCUGCAGUGGAAGUCGCUCAACAAUCUACACUGGCCUUCAUACUCAUCAGAACGGCCAGUAUGGACUCAAUAGUGGCAAGCACCACUUCAUGACGUUCGAUCACAUCGAGUCUGGUCCUGCUCUGCUCGCCAAGAAUGGUGUUCGCACCGGGAUCAUCGGCAAGAUCCACGUCGGGCCCGAUGACGUGUAUCCUUGGGAGUGGCGGGCCGAGAGCUUGACGCGAGAUGUGUGGUGGUCUUCUCAGCGUGCGGCAGAGUUCUUCAAUGCUUCCAAGGAAGAUGAUCGGCCAUUUGUGCUCACUGUUGGGUAUCAUGAUCCUCACCGUGACCGUACGCGCGGUGGCUUUGGCAACGAUGAACUUGUCGAUGAUAGGAUCAAGAACAUCAAGUAUAGACCAGCGGAUAUGGUCAUUCCCGAGUUUCUGUCGGAUACUCCGGGUGUGCGACAGGAGCUUGCAAGUUACGCAGAAGCCAUCAGUCGCCUAGAUCAAGGCAUUGGCAUGAUUCUUCACGAGCUGAAAGAGUCUGGAUUUGCGGAAGAUACCUUAGUCAUCUUUAUGAGCGACAAUGGCCCUCCAUUCUUGAACUCCAAGACCACGCUGUAUGACGCCGGGAUUCGCCUCCCUCUCAUCGCUAAACUGCCCGGUGCAGGUUCAUCUAUCAACCCGAACCUGGUAUCUUAUGUGGACGUUCUGCCUACAAUCUUGGAAUGGAUCUUGGGCGAUGCCUCGGAUGGCGCCAAAUCUCAACUCGCCGGUCGGUCAUUCUUCGAUAUCAUCAACGAGAACCACAAACUCGCUGAGUGGGAUCACGUCUUUGGCUCUCACACCUUUCACGAGUCUACUAACUACUGGCCGACACGUUACAUCCGGACCAGGCGCUACAAGUAUCACCGCAACAUUGCUUGGAGGCUUGACUUUCCUUUUGCCAACGAUAUUUACGGCUCGUUGACUUGGGAAGACAUUCGAAACGCGGAUCAAAACCCGAAGAUGGUUGGCGAAAGACAACUCAAAGAUUACUUCUUCCGCCCCGCAGAAGAGCUGUAUGACUUGGUGAACGAUCCCAACGAAGUCAGAAACUUGGCAAAGGAUCCGGAUUAUCAAGACGUAUUAGAGGAGCUGCAAACGAGAUUGGAAGACUGGCAGAGGAGAACAAACGACCCGUGGCUGUUUCGAGAUGGAAUAUCGAUUCUCUUGAACAAACACCAUCUUGACGCUGGUCUCGAAGUGCCUGAUAGAUGGGACCUUGACAUUGAGCACCCCGAGACAAAGGGCGACGAGGUGAAGAAGUACCAGAACCUGCCGUUUGGUGUGACUGGCCCCAGAUCCUGA